AUGUGGGGUCUAGAUAUGAACACCGAAAAAACGAAAUACCUGCCAAUAGGAGCUCCGCCACAAAAUCUUCAGUUAGAAAAAGAAGAAAUUGAAACAUGUACCGAGUAUACUUACUUGGGGGUUGAAUUUGACUCAACAGGAAAAGACGACAAGGAAAUUAAGAAAAGAAUAACCCAAGCCAGACGAACCAUAGGCUGUUUGAAUGGAAUAUGGUGGAGCUCUGAUAUUGGUAGAAAACAGAAAUACACCAUCUAUGAGACCUUUGUCAAGAGCGCACUAAUAUAUGGCGCAGAAACAUGGAGAAUAACGGAAAACAACAGGAGGAAGCUCGAAGCGACUGAGAUGGAUGUUUUUAGACGAUCUGUAAGAGUAUCCCGAAGAGAUAGGGUCAGAAACGAAGACAUCAGGCGGCGUAUGGGAGUGGAUGGAUCAUUAACAACAGAUAUUGAAAGAAAACAGCUAGUGUGGUAUGGACAUGUACAGAGGAUGAAUGUGGACAGACUGCCAAGGAUGACCAUGCACUGGAUAUCACCAAACCGCAGGAAGCGAGGAAGACCCAAGAAAUCAUGGAAGGAAGGAAUAACCAAGGCUAUGAGUGAUAGGAAUCUGAGAGAGGACCAAUGGAACGAUAGGAACGAGUGGAAGGCCAAAGAUAUAAUAAUAAUAAUAAUAGGAAUUUAUUGUCAAAAACACAUUAAAUAUGUAUGGGGAACACGUCAACAACUAUAG